AUGAAAUCCUUUGGUUUCCUCCACACAAACUUCAUUAUUGGAGCAUUUGCGAGCGUUGCUAUCCCAUGCCCUAUAACACCGUCUUUGCUUUCGAUUUUGAAGGCUGCUGCCGCUGAACCCAGGGUGAAUGGCAAAGUUUCAGAUACUGCCCAUGCCAUCCAAUCAAGGCUUGCAGGGAAGAUCUCUUAUCAGUUCGCUGCGGAUGGCUCACUGCCCCUGGUGUGGAGGAAGAUCGAAAAGAUAUUCGCAAACGGCCAGCAUUACACUUUAGUCGAACUCGCCUUGGAGCUUGUUGCUUCAGGACUCUUGUCACCAGGCAUUCUUGCGGGGCUCAACCAGUAUCAAAUCUCUCAGUUGAACUCGUUUGGUAACAUGAAUCCGGUAUUAGCAGAUCAACCCAUAUAUCCUAAGAAAGCUGCCGAGGAUGUGCCAUAUAGGGUCGCGGAGGACGCCCUCCGAGCCGCUAUAGUUAUACCAGACGAUCUGGCCCAGAGGAAAAGUGGAAUCAAGCCUGUACUCCUCAUUCCCGGCACGGCCGUUCCCGCCGGCCCAACGUUUCAGUACAAAUUUGGAAAGCUACCAAAGGUCAUACCCAAGGCAAGCAUGGCCUGGGCCAAUAUACCUUCCUCCUCUUUGGGGGAUGUCCAGGUCAACUCAGAAUAUAUUGCGUACGCUAUUAAUCAUAUCUCAGCACUCUCGAAGAGUAAUGUGACCAUCAUAGCCCAUUUGGCAUUCAAGUAUUGGCCGUCCAGGCGUGAGGUGGUUGAGGACCUAGUUGCCAUCAGUCCCGACUUCCACGGGACUAUGGAAGCAACACUUGUUUACCCAUUUUUCUCGAAAAUCAUCUGUGCCCCUGCCAUUUGGCAGCAGGGGUGGCGCGCCGACUUCGUUAACACGUUGAGACGAGUUGGAGGGGAUUGGCUUGUGCAACCGAUGAGUGGAAAGCAGGCUUCCGGGAUUCUUCAAGGUUUCCCAAUUGCGGACGUGUCCAACAACCAUGUGCAGACCAUCUGUCGGAAACGGCGCGGUGGCGGUGUUUACACUCAAGAGGGGCUCCUCUACAGUUCUCUGGCAUGGGCACUUGUCGUCGAUGCGUUCCAGCAUGACGGCCCAGGAGACCCAUCCCGACUCAAUCUCACGAUGGGCACGGAGGGAAUGGUUUUGGUGGCUUUGGCUGAAGUCCUCGAGUAUAAGCCGAAGAUAUCCCAGGAACCCAACAUCAUGGAUUAUGCCUUGUGA